GAGAGAGAGAGAGAGAGAGAAAUAAGAGUGGCAACAACAGUCACAUCUGGAAGUUAUUGGAAAGUAGAGAGAGCAAGGGAGAGAAAGAAAGAUAACUAUUGUAAUAGAAAAGAUAGAAGAGUCAGAGGCAGAAAGGAUGAACAAACUCUAGAUGUAGGGAUAGACUUAUUAAACGUAUCAACUGAGCUAGAGAUUUACGGGAGGACAGAGUUUAUCUAAAAGUUGACAAGAAUUCUACAGUGGACAGAGAGAAAGGAACAGAGGAAACGAAAGAGAGAAAAAAGAAAGAAAGAAAGAAACUGGAAUUCUAUCAUAAGAACAAUCCAUACCAAGAGGGGAGGAUGACAAAGAGGUAAAACUCAAAUGUAGCUUUCUAAUCUGGAGGACCGUUCAAAACAGAACAAAGCAUCUGUUAUUGAAAUUAAAUCAACUCGCCAAAGGAGAAGAGUCAAGAGAACAAAAGAGGAGUCCCCUAGUCUGGAAUUCUUCUACUCAUUUGUCUGUCUAUCAAGCCUGUGAGCCAACCGUCAGACAGGAUGUCAGCCUCUCGGAGGUGCCUGUGCUGCGUGAAAUACCUCAUGUUCGUCUUCAACCUCAUCUUCUGGCUGGGAGGGUGUGGCCUGUUUGGAGUGGGAGUGUGGCUAUCAUUCACCCAGUCCGAGUUCUCCUCCCUCCCGCUGUCUUUUCCCUCACUCUCCGCAGCAAACCUACUUCUGGUCGCUGGGGGCGUCACCAUGGUGACAGGCUUCCUGGGUUGCCUUGGCGCCCUGAAGGAGCAGCGUUGCCUGCUGAUGACGUUCUUUGUAAUCCUUUUGCUCCUAGUCUUGACAGAGGUGACUCUAACCCUGGUCCUCCAUAUCUUUCACAACGAGCUGGACACAAAAGCGCAGGAUGAGUUAAAGGAGGGGAUGAAGGAUUACUUGACAGACGAAGGACUGAAGAAGUCAUGGGACAAUGUGCAGAAAAUGUUCAAGUGCUGUGGCGUGACCAACAAAACAGAUUGGUACCUCGUGAUCAACGGAACGCUCCCCUUUUCCUGCUGCUCCGGUGGGAUGGACCAAUGUGUUGAAGGAUGGAUCGAGCCAUGUUAUCAGAAGGCCAGACAGUGGCUCCUGGACAACAUUCUCUCUGUCCUGGUGUUUGGAGUCUGCAUUGGCAUUGUCCAGAUCCUGGCCCUGAUUUUCUCCCUCCUGAUGUACUGCCAAAUCCUCCGUGCUGAGAAGUACCUGGAUUGAUCUGGGACUGGUCCUUCACAGACAGGAGAGGCUGAAUGAGAGACUCCCUAGCUGGCACAGAAAGCUCAUGUAACGUUCCCUAUAUGUUUAAAAGUGAGCCUUACCAAAGCAAAUAAAAUGUAAAUCCAUUGUCAUUUGUAUGCAUGUGAAGUGGUAGUUGUUGUGAACUUGCACAUUUUGUAAAAUACACUUAACCAAAUGUA